ACGGAAAAUCAUUGGAAAGGUUAUCAGCAUGACCCAAUCUGCUUUUCUAGAGGGAAGGCAACUUAUUGAUAGUGUCUUGGCACUCAAUGAACUGGUGCAUGAUUUCAAAAGAAGGAAGGAAAUGGGCAUCUUGUUUAAGGUAGACUUUGAAAAGGCUUUUGACUCAGUUGACUGGGAUUACCUUGAUUCUAUGCAGUCUUCCUUGGGGUUCGGAGACAAAUGGCGUGGGUGGAUUAAAGAGUGCUUAACUUCUGCAUCUAUUUCAAUUCUUGUUAAUGGGAGCCCCACGCAGGAAUUCAAAAUGCAAAAAAGGCUUAGGCAAGGUGACCCCCUUUCUCCUUACCUUUUUUUAAUAGUUGCUGAAGGUCUGCAUGCUCUUGUUCAUGAAGCUGAAAAGAAAAAUCUCCUUACUGGUAUAGUUGUUGUUAGAGAUUUAUCUGUUUCCCACCUCCAAUUUGCUGAUGACACUAUUCUCCUUGGGGAAGCUUCUCUUAAGUCAAUCAGAGCAUUCAAAUUUAUCUUUAGAUGGUUUGAAAUUAUCUCAGGGAUUAAAAUAAACUUCAGCAAAAGUACCUUGUAUGGUAUUAAUAUUGAGGAGAAUUGACUUAAUAUGGCUGCCUCUACCCUUAAUUCAAAGUGUGAGCACCUGCCCUUCCUUUUCUUAGGACUCCCUGUUGGUGGCAACCCUCAUCAUCUCAGAUUCUGGAAACUAGUGGUUGAGAAGUUCUAGUCUAAGUUGGCAACUUGGAAGGGAAAGCUUUUAUCAUUUGGAGGACGCAUCACACUCCUCACGUCGGUACUUUUGGCUCUCCCUCUUUUUUACCUUUCUAUUUUUAAGGUCCCUAAAGGUGUUGUUAGUGAGUUAGAGAAAAUAAAAAAAAAACUUUGGU